AUGGAAGAGAAAAAACUGGAGCAAAAGGUACAAAGCAGUAGCCAAAUUAUACAGAUCGAAACGGAAAUUGUAGAACGUGAAAUCAUGCUGGCUAAGAAAAGAAAACAAUUGCAUUCAAUGAACGAAAAGCUUAGAAAUCUCGAUGCAAAGGUAUGAUAGUAAUUUUCACAUGUAAAUUAAGUCAUAGUAAGAAUAAAACGUGCCCCUGUUAUUGGCAUUUUCAAACCUUAAUUUAAAAGUGUGUACUAUGUAGAAAUUAACUUAUAGUAUAUACAGUACUUAUCAAAAUAUUUCCUUAGUCUAAACUGUUGUUUGUGAUAGGUAGAGAACAUAGUUAGUCAGAUAGAAGACCUUGAAGAUAUUAAGCAAGAGCUGAGACAACCUGAUAAAAAGAGUCGAGCUAGUCAAUUGUCUGAAAAGGCACUGCAGAGUAGAAAGGACAAUCCCACUGGUUUUGAGAAUGGUAAAAUUACACUAACAACACCUAAUAUGCAAGGAUGA